AUGCUCCACAAACUUCAACUUCAACCCGACAACCCGGAGGCGUUUCCGGACGUCAUGUUCGGGGUGAAGGGCUGCGCCUCACAGCCUUUCCGCUCCACACUGGUGGAUGCAGUCCUGGGCUUCCUGCGGACCCAUCAGGCAGCCUGGACUGCCCCGGGGGCGGGCCACGCUGCCGCUGCUGGCGGAGCUGCAGAAAGCGCCGCUGUCCAAGGAGCGUCUGAGGUCCCGCGGGCGGUGCCAAGGUGUAUCGCAGAGAUCGUAGACUCGAAACGCUUUGGGAUCAAGCGGAUCAAGCAUUUGCAGCAGAACUGUGCCAACUUCAAGCUUUGGAUGUCUAGGCAAGAUGCGGAAAGCCAGGCGUUGAUGGAGCGCGCCGAGCUCCGCAAGGUUUGGCAAAGCCAGCCCCGCGCGCUUCCGGCUGCAUCUGCGAAGCUGGGAAACAUCCAGCUCUCGCAAAAGGCCAAGACGGCAGGCACUAUCGAAUCGACAGAGGAAAGCGAUGACAAAGGCGGUGUCGACGCACUGAAAGAGGUAAACGGCGAGGACGUUGUGAAUUUUGGCAAAGCGGCGUUCGACAUGGGCAAGGAAGCCCGCAACAGCAACGUGGGGGACGCGCUGAAGCAACUGCCAGGCGUUGUGCAGCAAGGCGCGUCUCUUUGCGCUCAAGUGGCUGGUGCACUGGAGGCAGUUUCUGUGACGGCAGGUUGUGGCGGUGUGUCUUUGAUGGCAUCAGUGGCAUCGAGUGCUUUGAAUGGAGAGGAUACCGCAGGCGCCAUGGAUGCCGGCAUGCAACAGUUGGCAGACAAGCUGCGACAAACGAAAGAAGACAUCGAGAGCCAGAUCAUGCAAUCUACCGCAAAGCUCCUGAACGCUGUCACAACUGCGGAGCAGCACUUGUCGCAAAAUUCCCAGGAAAAGCGACAGUACCUGAUGGAAGAUGUCGCAACCUUCGUCACCAACCUCAAGAGUGGCCGCAAGAUGCCGGACUUGUACUUGGACAUGCAAAAGAUGCAGCACAGGUUCAACAAGACAGGUCUGGAAAACUACUUGCGGGACUUGAAGGGCGCGGGCGUCUCGCCAGAUCAGAUUUUGACCGCAGCGGCAGCCUUUCUUGCGACGCGCGCCAAAAUCAUGCUCCUGCAGGGUUCCGCAGUGCGAAACACAGAUGAAGUCAAGCGGGCCGCCGCGGACUUCCAGAGCGACAUAGAAGGUAUGAAGAAGGUGUUGGCAGACUUUCAGGACCUGAGGCUCACACACACCCUCGCCGAUGCGGACGAUUGGAUCCUGUCCGUGGCCUGGGCGCCCGACGGCCGCCUCGCGGUGGGGGGUAAUGACAACAAAGUCCGAGUUUAUGACGAGGACCUGAGGCUCACACACACCCUCGCCGAUGCGGUCAUGUCCGUGGCCUGGGCGCCCGACGGCCGCCUCGCGGCGGGGGGUCUUGACCACAAAGUCCGAGUUUAUGACGAGGACCUGAGGCUCACACGCACCCUCGCCGAUGCGGACGAUUGGAUCAUUUCCGUGGCCUGGGCGCCCGACGGCCGCCUCGCGGUGGGGGGUAAUGACAACAAAGUCCGAGUUUAUGACGAGGACCUGAGGCUCACACACACCCUCGCCGAUGCGGUUUUCGAAAUCCAUUUCGUGGCCUGGGCGCCCGACGGCCGCCUCGCGGCGGGGGGUGAUGACAACAAAGUCCGAGUUUAUGACGAGGACCUGAGGCUCACACACACCCUCGCCGAUGCGGAUUUCGCCAUCCAUUUCGUGGCCUGGGCGCCCGACGGCCGCCUCGCGGCGGGGGGUGAUGACCACAAAGUCCGAGUUUAUGACGAGGUGGAAGAAGAGACAUGGAACAACUCCAAGGCCGAGGCCUCCCUCGACCAGAACAUGCUGGACUUGGUGGACCCCUAUAACAAAGGCGUGGUGCGUUACGCGGCUGAUUCAUUACAACGGGCGCCCAGCGACCAUCUUAGAAAAGGUGCAGAGCUUGGGGGCCUAUCCGCAGCAGGUUGGACCGCCGACCCGAGGCCCGCCGGCGGUCGGGCCCGAGGCUUACGCCAGCCCGAGGUGGCCAAAAGGUUGCUUGACACCCCAGCCAUUGUUGCGUCGGGCGAUCUCGCUUCAGGAUAUUUGUCCAUCAAGGUUGAAGUUCCGGCUGGUGCAGAAUGUGACCCGCACAUUUGCGCAGCCAAUGUUUUGCAGACAAAAUCUCGGCAGCGAUGCAUGUGUAACAACAAACGAUCAGUGUCUGGGGUCUACGCUGGGGGGCCUCACUCCAAGUUGAUCCCCAAUCUGGGCGCGCGAUUCCCGACCAAGAAUUCGAGCGCCCGCCAGGCGAGCGCCGACGAUGCCGAGGACACGGUGGAGAGUCAGGAUUCAUUGCAGAGCUUGGGGGCCUAUCCGCAGCAGGCUCAGCCAAAGAGAGAAGUCGUCAGCGAGGCGACGUCGCAGGACAGCCAGCUCAAAGCCAACAGCUCGGUUGCAGAGGGUGUGAGCGGCGGCAGCGAGCCGCACAUUUUGACUGUUCCAGCAGAGGACAGCCAGCUCAAAGCCAACAGCUCGGUUGCAGAGGGUGUGAGCGGCGGCAGCGAGCCGCACAUUUUGACUGUUCCAGCAGAGGCGAUAGCUGACGCGCUGAAGAGCAACAAAUGUGCCAAAGAGAUAAUCCUGGACGACAACAGAAUCGGAGACCAGGGUGCCCAGGC